AUGGCCCGAACGCGUCAGGGAGCUGCUGCUUCCACCAAAAGCAGUACCUCGGACAAUUCAACAGCCAGGGAGGUGAAGCAAGCUCCGACAAAAAAGAGAGGCGCGUCUGACUCAAAGGCCCAACAAAAAGUGCCAGCGAAGAAGCGCAAGAGGUCUCCCGAGCCGUCGAACGACAAUCCUGAGCCUUCAGAGCCGCAAGAGGCCGAAGAACAGCAGCCUCUUCCACGCCUGACCACCCCGGACCUUGAAUUUGACUGGGACAGGAGUAAACUCAAGGACCCGCGCCCUACCCCUGGGCGGGAAAGACGUCCACGGUACGACGAACAUGACAUACCUUCUGAGCUGGCUGCUCGUCGCCCACCGUCUCCGGAGAAGCCAAAGGGGCGCCUGAAUGCCAUGCAGAAAGACGCCUUAUACAAGGAGAAAGCACGCAAGGAUCCAGCUGCAAUUUUCCACGAUCUCCAUGUUUGUUACGACAGGGGGCCUAAUGGCCCUCCGACUUAUGACACGGCUGGGUUCCGACUGGAUUACGACAAAGUCGUGGAGUGGUUCAAACCUGUGCCGUACAACAAGCAGCGGAUGUUAAAAGGUAUGGAGAAGAGGGUUGCCAAAGCGAAGACCUUGGACGAGCAUACCAUUGAGGCCUUCUUCGAGGAUCCUGAGAGAGCCAAGGACAAACUAUCUGGAAACCCCAUUUUGGAAAGUCUAGUGAGGGAUACCAUCUCGAAAGACCUCGGGGUCCCUCUUCACAAAAUUGACCAUGCGGACAUCGGUAGGUGGGUGCAGAAGGGUUUUAAGAAGCACAAGGUGGAGGGUUGGGUGACCUAUUCGGACGAAGACAAGAAGAGGGAUCUGAAGAUGAUGAGUGGAUCAAGAUUGCGGGCGUAG